AAAAUUGAAAUAGGCACUUGUUGCUGGCCCACUAAAUAAUUAUUCUAAUUAAAUUCAUCAAUUAACAUUUAAUUUAUUUAUUAUCGCCUGCUCUGUUGAUUCCACACUGCACUGUUCAUGAAAAGUUUAAUUGAAAUUUAUUUUAAUUUUGCUUUUAAUUUGAUUUAAAAAUAACUGAUUAAAAUAAAUAAAUUAGUUUGAUUUAAAUUUUAAUUGAUUUGAAAUUUAAAACUCAUCAAACAAACUCAACUCUUGAAAAAUUUAUGAAAAAACAUUUUGGAACUACUGAAAUGUUCUUCUAAUGGCAUCUGCGGGGGCCACAAGUGGAAGUGGAAGCGACGGAGGUGGCAGUGGUCAGGACAGGUCAUCCUACCACCACAAUGCAAAAAUCACAUUUGACAUCAAAACUAAAUCCGUUGAGCAGACGUUGGUUCCUCUUGUCCACCAGAUAACAACGUUAGUAAAUGCCAAAGAAAAGCCCCUUAGAUCUGAAAGGGCACUAAAUGCAUUAGUUAGGGUAGGCCAGGCAGUCAAUAUGGCCGUCGAUCGAUUUGUUCGAGUCGGGGAGGCUAUAGCCCUGGAGAAUCCUGAAAUCCAACAGGAAAUGUGCGUGGCCUGUCAUGAAGCUAAGAUUGCUGACGUGCAGAUGACAGACGAGCAGACGACAGACGAGACGGCCAGGAGUAUAGCCGAGAAGACAGCCAUGGUGAGGGCGGCUAGACAGUUGCUGUCUGCCAUCAGUCGAGUCCUCAUUCUGGCAGACAGGGUGGUCAUUAAGCAGCUCAUCGGCACUAAAGAUAAAGUGUCGGUCACUUUGAAAAAGAUCGAAUGUUGUACAAACUUUGCCGAAUUCGUUCAAAUUUUUAGUCAGUUUGGUAAUGAGAUGGUACAAUUGGCCCAUGCUUCUGGUGGCAGACAAAAUGACUUGAAAAGUGAGAGGUCAAGAGCACAGGUCGGUGUGGCGAGGUCGGUCCUUGAGAAGUCUACAAUGCUGCUGCUAACAGCUGCUAAGACCUACCUGCGCCACCAUGACAACCAGCUGGCCAAGCAGAUCAGGGAUGCAGUGGUCAAGCAGAUGAACUCUGCCCUUGACCUCAUCCACCACGUGGUCUCUGAUGGCGACAGUAGCAGCGGUGGCAGUGGUGGUAGUAGUAGUGGGUUUCUGAUUCAGCCUGUUGCUGCUUUUAAGGCCAUCAAAGAGCUUGAGGAUCAAGCGGAAACAGUUAGGGUAACGUUAGUUAACUCGACUAUCGAGCAGUCCCUGCUGGCCGCCUGCGAUGUCGUCAUGGAAACGAUCCAGGAUUUCACCGACUCAGCUUACACUAAUCACGAGGACAGGGAACUGAUCUUAAUGCUGUGCGAGAGAUUGAGGCACGAGAUUGACCAGCUGUCUUCCCCAAUGGCGACUCAGAUGAAGAGUUUGGAUACUGCCAUUUUGAAAACUAAAGAAGCCUGUCGAACCCUCAAGAAACAACUGGUCAACACAACAAUGGAUCAUGCAAGUAACCUGUUCAGGCUGAAUGAAGAUGAAGUACUCAUCAAUGAUAUGAGAAUGGCCAGCAGUGGCUCCACUCAGGGUAACAUGCAGCUGGUAGACGAGGUCAUUCAGCAGUUUGAAAGCCACGCUGAACAGCUGAGAGAGGUCUGCAAGUUAUUGAGACAUGUUUCCAGCACUGAAUCUCUACUCAUUUGGUCGGCUCACAUGGAGAGCACCAUCAAGUCGCACGCACCUCAGGUUCCACGAAUGAAGAUGAUUAUGUUCAUAAAUAGGACGAUGAUUGUGGUGAGGAUAAGGAUGGCAAUAGUCUUCUCAGAAACUUGGGUGAACCAUGUGAACGAUCUAUCGAUACUAGUAAAGGAUGUUAGUGACGUUUGUCUGGGGAAAACCGACAAGCAAGUUUAUUUGUCUCUACCUAAACCAGGGGAGCAAGCCAAAAUAGCGAAAGCAGGCCUCGAGGUGAAACUAAUAACCUCGGAGUUGGAUGCCGAGGCUGAUAGAUGGGUGGAACCGGAAAAUGAGAUCGUGCGUCGGGCCAAGAACAUGUCCUGCAUGGCCUUCUCCAUCUAUUUGUUCACCAGGGGAGAGGGGCCGUUGAAGAAUACCAGGGAUCUGUUUGUACAGGCCGGGUAUUUUGCAGAGGAGGGUACCAAGUUGUAUAAAACUGCUAGGGAGUUCUCUAAACAGGUUCCACAGAGUAGCCACAAGACAGAACUAAUGUGCAUGUUAGAUAGUGUUCCAAGUUACUGUCAGCAUCUCAAUUUCACUGUUAGGUCUCAGACUGUUGGCAAGGCUGCUACGUUUAACAAGGUAGUCGACCAGAUAAUACAGAACACCAAAGAUCUAAUGAACGCCAUCGCUAAAUUAGUCACCUCCUGUUAUGUUUGUGCCACUAAGGUAUGUGUGUGUGCGCGCGUGUGUAUGUGUUUUUAUGUGUGUGUGUGUGUGCGUGCGUGUGUAGCUGUCGUUCUGUUGUUAGUGUUGUUAGUCAGAUGGCGUAUUAAUAAAGGCGGUAUGGUCUUUCUGUCUGUUUUUAUAUCUCCGUCUCUCUCUCUCCGUCUUUCUAUCUCUCUCUCUCUCUCUCUCUUUCUCUUUCUCGCUCUCUCUCUCUCCGAUCUUGAAGUGUAA